AUCAGGACCUUUUCAUGUCGUCUGCUUGUUACCCCCGAGCAAGCCGAUGAUUUCAAUUCUGGGUAGUUCUUGAAAGGCCUGCUUGAUACGAACAGCCGGCUUAAGAAGCCAAAGGCUUGGGCCCCGUACCGAACCCGCAGCGGAAGCCUAGCUACGGGGUUUGGAGAGAUGAGCUCGCGUCAGUGGAUCCUAGAUAGAUGGGGCCCUGGCGGUAUCAUUCAGAUUCCUGCCGAGAACUACUUCCACGAUUUAGAGAAAACCCAAAUCAAACUCUGCUACGCCGCAAAUCUGGAGUACCAGCUUUCCUUGAUCCAGGUUCAGCGUCUGAUGAAGUUCUCCCACACUGUCACAUUCGUGAACUUUGGAGAACCUAUGGAACAGGUUAUAGCUGCAAUAAGGUUCUCUGAACGCUUCUACAAGCGAUUUGCCUCCCAAUCCUUCCAAGACAUGAAGCCGGUGAUAAGCGAAGGAACGCCGUGCGCGAUCGAGUGGAGGGAUGAGACAGAGGAGUCUCCCCGCAAAUGUACUGGCAUGGUUUUCCUAGACAUCUUUGAUUUUCCGUUCCAAUCGGAUCUCAUCGUCUCUGUUACUGGAAGGAAACGCACGGGUUCAAAGGGUUUCUUGAAUCAGUAUCCCGUUUCAGAUGAAACCAGGUCAUACCCCUGCACGUUAGCCUUCGAGACGCUCGAUGACUGCGUCAGGACCCAGAUAAAUACCAUCAACACGAUGUGUUCUGAUGCCCGGAAGGAAUGGCACCAGGCCAUCCUCAACCACGAGCCCAGUGCUUUGCCGCGAGUAAACGUCUUUGACGGAAUACCCGAAGACGAUGUCGCGGCGGCAUACAAGGAGAUAGCUCAGCUGAAACCGUAGAACCAGCCUCAACUCGACUGUUUUGAAUUGUUGAAGUCUAUCCCAUCGAGGUUCGCUGUCAUCAAAGGGAUAUUUGGUUGUGGCAAGACGACCGUACAAGCUGCCAUGGCGAUACUGUGUGCAAAGCUGGGAUUCAAUGUUCUCCUCGUUGCCCCUUCGAACGCCGCUCUUAUUGCGAUCAAAGAAAGACUGGCCGCGCUUAACAGCGAUACAUCGGUCAUGAGAGUUUUGAAAUCCCAAAUAGAAUACUGG